AUGGGAGAUAUUUAAGGAGAGAGUGGGCAAACGUUAAUUUAAUCUGAAUCAAUAGGGUUCUUUGAGCAAGUGAAGCAAAUUAUUUUUCAAGUUCUAUUUGUUUUACGUAAAGAUGAAGAAUCAGAAGAGUCUUAAAUAUCAUUUUAUAUAUAAACUGGGUUGGAUUACUUUUAAAUGCAUACUUUUCCAUUUAAUAAUAGUAUAUACUACUUAUGGAAGGCAGAUAAUGUGAUUGGGUUUGUUCUAAAUUUUGUAAACCUUUUUUAAUUAAGUACAUACAUUCCAAAUAUUUCUUAUUUUGCUCUUUUAUCAUCAGUUUAUAUUUUACUUGUAAUAAUAUUACUAAUUAUUUUGGAUAUUAUAUAUGUAAGUUAUUCAUUUUCUAAAAAUUAAUUUGCUGCAACAUGGCCUUUAGUCGUUUUAAGAUCAGUUACUUCAUUAGUGGUAACUGUAUUGUUUUUGCCAAUAACUGAAACAUUAUUUUCUAUAUUAUAAUGUGAAACAGAUCCUACAACUGGUGAAUAUAUAAUAGGUGGAUAUAGUGAAAUAUAUGUUGUUUGUUGGUCAGGAUGGCAUACAUUUCAUGCAUUAUUAACAUUAUUAUUUAUGUUUAUGUUUGUAGCAAUUUGUGCUAUAGUAGCAUAUGCUUUUUUUGAACCAGGUAUGAUGAGUGAUGAUAGAACAGCAAGAUAGGACAGUAAAGGUGAAGUUGCAUUUAUUAUAAACAAAGUUACAUGUUAAGUGUUAUAUUGUUUUUUAGGAGAGGGUUAAUCAUGGGUAUUAGUAUUGGCUACAUUUUUAAUGGCUGUAUGGUUAUUUUGGGAAUAUAAUUUUGAAGAUCCUUAUUAUGAUUUUGAAGUUGGAAGAUUUUACUCAAUAAUAUCUAGUUAUUAUUUAUGGGCUAACAUUUUGUUAUUAAUGUGUAAGAUAUUUGAAAAUCAAAAAUUUAAUGGAGGAUUUAUUGCUUGGUUAAUUGGGUUACCAUUUAUAGUUUCGAUCAUGUUAAUGACUAAAAAAUCUAAAAUAGAUACAUUGAUUAAAGUUUAAAAGAAGAUUAGAAGUGGUAAAGAGAUAUGGGCACAUAUUCGUUAUGUUUUAUAGUUGAUUUAAUAAUAAGAGAAAGAUAGAAAUUCAUAUAUGCUAUUAAUUGGAUAUAUUGAAAAACAUAAAGAAACUUGUAAAUAUAAUGAUUGCUAUUUCAAAUUUAGUAGAAGAAGAAAUAAUGAAUUAGAUAUGAAUGAUAUGAUUAGAGGUUUAAUUUAAGAACUUGAGAAGAUGUUUAAAGACGGAAUUAAGAAAUUUCCAAAAAGUGCUGAACUUAAGAUCUUUUAUGCAUUGUUCAUUAUGGAAAGAAAAAAAAAUAAAGAAGGAGCUUACAAAUAAUUUGAGCUUAUAGAUGAUAAAUGUAAACCAGCAUUAUAUCAAUAAUUUAUUAGAUAUAGAUAUAUGUAAAAUAGUUUAUUUAUUAUUUUUAAGGAAAAGUAUAAAAGAGAAUAAGAAAGAAAAUAAAGAUGAUGAUAUAGUUGAGGCUAUCAAAUAUAAUAAUCAUUAAACUAUGUGUGAAAAAAGUAUGCAAUAAUCAGCAAAAUUAUAAAAAGAUUUUUGGGGAGAAUUAAAAGAAGAUCAACCUGAUCUUGGUAAGUUGAUGAAAUUGGGUGCUGAUAUAACAUAUGUUACUAAAACUGCUAGAUCAAAUUAUGAGGAAAUGUAAAAAAUAUCAUAAAAUUUAUAUUAAAGUGUUAAAAUUUACAGUAAUUUUAUUUUGUAUGUUUUAAAUGAUUAAAAGUUAGGAGGAGAAUUAAGAAAAAUUGCAUAAAACAUUAAAGAAGAAUUUUAAAAAGAAUUUGGAGGAAGAAAUGAAUUCUUGAAUAUUGAUAAUUAACCCAUUCCAUUUAUACAAGUAAGUGCUAAAAAAGCUGAAGUAGGAAAAAUAGUUAAUGUUAACACUUUAUUUACUACAUUUUUUGGUUAUCAAAAAGAAGAAUUAUUAAAUAAGUCAAUUAAUGUUUUGAUGCCUAAACUUUAUGCAGAAAAACAUGACAAUUAUUUAAUAGAAUUUUUCGAUAAUAUUGUAUUAAAUUUAAAAUUGGAAGGAGAAAUAGACAGUUAAUAUUUGGAUACAGAUUAAACUUAAAUUUUUAAACAUAAAAAUGGAUAUAUAGUUCCAUUUGUAUAUCAUGUUACCCUUAAUCUAGAAACUAUGAAAUAUUUGACUACAUUUAAAAGUGAGAAUACUAUCAAAAGUUAAGUCAUCCUUAUUUUAGAUAGUAGUUCGAAAAUAUUUGAAAUGUCUUCAGGGGCAAUAAUCUUUUUUGAUUUAGAACUUAAAUAAAUUGAAAAAGAAAUUUAUUUCAAUAAUUAUAUUCCAAAUAUUCUUUUAUAAAAUGACAAACACAUUUAGUAUAAUCAUUAAAGCAAAGAUGGAAUAGAAUGUAAUUUAAUUAUAAUAACUUAGAAACAUUCUAUUUUUUAUGUAUGAUUAAAGAAAUAAGGCUUCCUUAAAGAAUGGAAGAAAGUAACCAUGAUAAAACAAACUUAUAGGAUGAAAGUAAUAAUAUAAAAACUGGGAAAUGGUUGGUUAGAUUAGAGAAAUUAGAGAAGAAUGAAGUUAACUUAGGUGGAUAACAAAAGAAAAAUAAAAACUUUACUGCUAGUACAAGAUAAUUAAUAACAGUUACAAAUGCAAAUACAAGCAGUUAUUCCAAUUCUUAAAAAUACCUUUAGACCUCAAAAAUUUAAGUGAAUUAAUCAAUUGAUGGUCAAAUACCAAAAUUUGAUACCAACUUAGAAUUUGAUUAAUAAUAUGCAGUUUUUUUAUCUGAACUUUAUUCUGAACCUAGAUUUGAUGACUAUAAAAUGCUUUUAAAUCAAUAAGUAGAAAGUUAUGUUAAUCCAGUUGUAGACUAUUCUUGUGACAUUGUAAUUAGAAGAUUGAUUAGAAAUUAAAUAUUGAAUAUUGACGAGGAAAAAGAAUAAGAAUUUUUACUUUAACUUGAAGAAGAAGAAGAGGAAAAUUCAUUGUUUCGAUUUAAUUAAAAUUAAUAUGAAGAUGAAGAUGAUUAUAAGAUAUUUGCUCAUAGAAACUCUUAAGAUCUUAUUCGUAAAGUUCUUAAUCAAGACCACAAACACAUAAAAAUAACAGAAUUUAAAGUUUAUUCAAAUCUUUGGAUAUUCUUUAUAUUUUUUAUUACAGUUAUUUAAUAUUUAUUCUGUUAGUCAUAUUUUAUCUCAUAUAAAGAAAGCAUACAAUCAAUUUACUUAGUGAAUAAUGAAAUAAUAUAAUAAAAUUAAGUAAUUUCAAGGGUUUUAGAUUUAUGUUUACCUUAAUAAUUUAAUCUAUCCUAAUUAUAUAAAGAACUUUAGCUAGCUGCAAAUAAUGCAACUGCUUUUAAUAAGUUUGUUAAUUCUGCCUUAUUAGAUUAUUAUUUUGAAAAUCAUAUUGUAACAAUAAGAUUUUAUGAUGAGAAUGCUUAUACUGAAAUUGAUAUUAAAUUGGAGAGCGCUAUGUUAUUAGUUGAAUCUUUAGCACUAAAUACAACACUUUAAGAUAAUUAGACAUUCAAUUACUAAAGCAAUAUCAUAUAAAAUAUUGUUUAUAAUCAUUUUAAUGUCAUUAAUAGAUAAAUUAUCAAUAUCGCUUAUGAAUUAUAUUCAAAUGUUGAAAAUUAGAUGAAUCGAUAUGAUACUAAUUUGCUUAUUACAUUAGGAAUAUUAAUUUUAGUCACUUCUCUUGCUAUGACAAAAUUCAUUACCUUAAUGUUAAGUAUCAAAAUGGAUAGAGAAAAUAUUUUAUUCUUAUUUUUAGAUAUACCAUAAAAACAUAUUUCUAUUCUCUAUAAAAAAGUUGAAUAUUUUAUUAAAAAUUAUAUUAGCAUUGAAGAAUUAAAAAGAAAAAAUGAAUUAGAAGGCUAUGAUUCAAGUGAAGAAGAAUAAAUUUAAGAGGAUUAAAAUAAAAUAUAAAAUGAUCCAGAAGAGGAAGAAAAUUUUAUAUAAUCACAAUUAAAAAGAAAGAAAAUUAUUGAAAAAUAUAGAAAAAAUAAAUUUAAAGGUAAUCAAGCGAUUAUUAUUCAAUUUAUCUUCAUAGCCCUUUGUACAUUAAUAUUUGCUGUUUAUAAUAUAAUAAGUUCAGCUAGUGAAAGAGGAUAAAUUAGAUACUUACUUCCUCAAUACUUUUCUGGUUUUAUGGAUAUUUCCGGAUAUGGAAAUUAUCUAAAUACUUUUAAAUUAGCAAUUUUAGAUAAUGAAUAUAAAUUAAUCAAUUAAACUGCAUAUGAAUCAGCUUUUACCGAGAUUAAUACUUUUACAGGUAAUCAAUUACAUUCUUAGGCUUUUGCUUCUGCUCUAUUGAAUUAAUUACCAUCAUUAAGAAGUAAAUAUUUUGGAAUUUACUAUGGAGAUAUUUGUAAUGAAUUAGGGUACACAACAAAUGAUUCAUGUUAUUCUAUUAUUGAAGGCAAUCUUGAAUUAGGGAUUUUUAAUGUUGAAUAAUAUUAUUUAUAAUAUUUUAGACAUCAAUUGUCUAUAAAUUAAAAAGGUUUGAUUAGUUAUGAUCCUUAUAUAUAUGAGAUUGAUUCAUCUAUGUACAAUUAUGUUAGGGAAGCAGUAGAUCGUUUACAAAGUUAUUAAUUAUAAAUGAUGACAGAUCAGAUGGAUGAAACAUUAAAUAUAUAACUUAUACUUGUUAUAAUAUUUAUAUUGGUGCUAUUGUUAAUAUUCGUUAUUUAUUGGUUGCCAUUUUUAACUAGUAUUAAUUCAUAAGUAUAUUGAAUUAAAUAAAUAGAUUAACCAAAAUAUCCAAAUGUUGAAUAUGAUACCAAUAGAUGUAAUUAAGGAUAAUAAAACCAUUAGAAGAUUUUUAAAGAAUCUAAUUAAAGAUAUGAAUAUUUAAGAUUGA